GCACUGGAACCAGGAGACUCUGCGUCAUGCAGCAAUAGAUUCGAAAUUCCAUGUUAUGGGAUUCACUUCUGAGAAAGUAAAAGAAUAUUUCCGCCGUCAUCUCCACCAUGGGAACAACACAAAAGAAAUUAUACAACUGAUUGAGCAGAGUGAUAUCUUGCGGAACAUGUGCAGUAACCCUCUAUUUUGCGUCACCCUUGCCUCGUCACUGGAAUUUCACCAACCACAAAGAGAAGGACAGGCAACAACGCCCGUCAUAAACCAGACCCAGGUGCUGUUGGACUACGUCACAGUGCUUCUACAAAUAUGCGGGUAUGACAGGAACACAACUCACAAGUGUCUACGUGAAGUUGGCGAAUUGGCCUACAAAGGAAUUAAACGCAACAAACUUUCGUUUGAAGCCGACGAGUUAAGGGAACUAAAUACUUGUCCUGAUUAUUUUAUCACUGUCUUUAUGUUCCAAGAUCCAGACAGACAGAGUAGUGGUGUUGUUUACGAAUUCAGACACUACGUUAUCCGAGACUUCCUCGCUGCACUUACGCACAUCUUAAAUGUUCCAAGUUAUCGAUUGAAACGGGUACUCGAUGAAGCGUUUACGGACACUCACGGCAGCCUCAGGACAUUUUUAAUUUUUCUUGUCGGUCUGUCUUCGCGGAAAUCAGCUAAUCGCCUGAAAUUGGAACUGGAUUCAGUCCCUUCCGACGCUACUUCGUGUAUCUCAGAAUGGCUCACAAAAAGUGUUAAAAGACGCCUGACGAACAUGGACCAGAAAUGUACUCAAAGCAUGUUUUUACACUUACUGCAUUGUUUACUUGAAUUCGGAGACAACCAAACACUAACGGAUUUGCUGGCUUCCGUUACGACAAUUAAGUUAAAUCAACUUAUUCUCAAACCUCUCGACUGCACAGUCUUAUCGGAAACUUUAAUCAAUUCUGAUGUGAUUGAAGAGUUGGAUCUCAGCUCAUGUCUCGCAGAGCCUGAGGAAAUACAGAAACUGAAACCUGUGCUGCACAAAUGUGUAAUACUGAGAUUGAAUCACAAUAACCUACAAGACUCUGGAGUGAAGCACCUCGUCAAUAUCCUGAAUAGAAGUGACUGCAAGAUACAAAUUUUGGAGCUGAACUCCAACCGUCUUACUGAUGAUUGUCUGGACACACUUUUCUCCGCCCUCAGUACAAAUAGUUCCCUAACGGAGCUGAACCUGAGCAAUUCCAGUCAGGAAGGAAAACACGCCAAUCAAUUCACUCAUGAAAAAUUUCAACACGUUGUUGACAUUUGUUCUCAGCAGAAAGAAAUCAGAUGGCUAUGAAAUGAACUUAGCGGACGGAACAUCGCAGGUUCUGCCACUGUAUCAAACAUUUUAACCGUAACAUCAGGGUGAACGCUAAAUAGGUUACAUUUAAUUACAUGAAUAUAAUGACCUAAGUGGUACCGCCAAGGUAAUUUGGUAUGAACAGUACAGUUACGAGGUUACCCUCAGUUUGAAGGGUAAUGCCACAGCGUUGGGCCACGUUCGGAGCUGGAAACAAUGUUUAAACAUUCUUCAGAAAGAUAUUUUAUUUUAUUGAUCUCGUUUAUAUUCUCAACUGGUUUACAAAUUCUCUUUAUAAGUGGAAUCAUACUGUACGGGAUAUCAUUCUAGCAACCAGUAAUUAUUCAAGCUUUCUUGAAAGGUGAAACGAUGGUGGAGAUCAGCUCUGCCUUAGACGUCAUCGUUUUGCUUCUCGCCUUGCUUAACACCGUUUCAUGCUAAAUUACAUUGUUUGAUGGCAACGUUGAGAUCCGAGAUAUGUAUGCGAACUAGUUGAUACAUAAAUCCGAAUAAGUUUAUCAAGGGAAGACUUGCACCGGACAAUUACUUUUCAGUUUGCACUUUCAGUAUCAUGCCGCUGUUACAUGCUCGAGCUAAUACGCAAAAGGUUGUGGCUUCAUUCCUCAUAUACCGACAGCUGUGGAUCUUCCUCGGAAAUAGGCGUUCCGAUUAAAUGCUGGAGAUGCAGUAGCACCUCACCCACAGAGGCACGAUUGCUCAAUUGACCUUACGUUAAAAUGGGUGUAAACCAGUUCUGUCUUCACUCCAGUGACGUGACGGACGAUUUGGCCUUGUUGAGGAGCAAGAAGAAAAAAACGCGAACACGGUCUCUGAUCCAUUAACGUUUGGCGACAGCUGAGUUGAAUGUUGAUAUUUGUCACCUUCACGUGAUUUGAAUUAUAAACGGACAGAAGCAGAGAUGAACGCCGACAGAACUGGC